CGCUGGUCCCGGGCGGGCGUGCGGUUGGUGGCAUAGGAGGGUUUCUCUUCGCCCGGGCGCCUCGUGCCUUGCCCCUCCCUAGGACCCUAUCGUCAACAUCGGGGUCCCCAGCACAGCCUUGCCCUUGUUGUGCAGAGCCCGCUGACACUCCCAGGCGCUAUCCUUGGUGUACAUUGUGCCCCAACCUCCAUCAUCCCGUUCUCGGUGUACAUGGUGCCCACAGUACCCCGAUCCUUGUCCUCCGCACCCAGGUUCCCUCCUCAUUCAGGAGCCCCCAAUCCUAAUACCACUGUCUUCAGCUUCAGAGGCCCCACAUACAUCCUGUUCUUGGCACUCAGGGCCUCCAACCAUCCUGCCCUCGGGCCUGCAGUGGUGGAUGACUUUCAGGCCUGCCAGCUGGCUCCUAUCAUCAUGGACCUGUUGUUCGGGCGCCGGAAGACGCCAGAGGAGCUGCUGCGGCAGAACCAGCGGGCCCUGAAUCGCGCCAUGAGGGAGCUGGACCGCGAGCGACAGAAGUUAGAAACCCAAGAGAAGAAAAUCAUUGCAGACAUCAAGAAGAUGGCCAAACAGGGCCAGAUGGAUGCUGUGCGCAUCAUGGCAAAAGACCUGGUGCGCACCCGGCGCUAUGUGCGCAAGUUUGUGUUGAUGCGAGCCAACAUCCAGGCUGUGUCCCUCAAGAUCCAGACACUCAAGUCUAACAACUCGAUGGCACAAGCCAUGAAGGGCGUCACCAAGGCCAUGGGCACCAUGAACCGACAGCUUAAACUGCCCCAGAUCCAGAAGAUCAUGAUGGAGUUUGAGCGGCAGGCAGAGAUCAUGGAUAUGAAAGAAGAGAUGAUGAAUGACGCCAUUGAUGACGCCAUGGGUGAUGAGGAGGAUGAAGAGGAGAGUGAUGCUGUUGUGUCCCAGGUCCUAGACGAACUGGGGCUGAGCCUGACAGAUGAGCUAUCAAAUCUCCCCUCCACCGGCGGCUCACUCAGUGUGGCUGCUGGUGGGAAGAAAGCAGAGGCCACAGCCUCAGCCCUGGCUGAUGCUGAUGCAGACCUGGAGGAGAGGCUGAAGAACCUGCGGAGGGACUGACCACCCCCUUGCUACCCCACGGGGAGGGGGAACAGGUGGAUGCCGAGGAUGUUUACCAUGCUCCUCUGUAAUAAAAGAUUGGACACUA